CCCAUCCGAAUUCAGGAGCCAGGUGCUUCCUCCUGGUCUCCCAUGGGGUGCAGGGCCCAAGCACUUGGGCCAUCCUCCACUGCCUUCCUGGGCCACAGCGGAGAGCUUGACUGGAAGAGGAGCAACCAGGACUAGAACCCGGCACCCAUAUGGGAUGCCGGCGCCACAGGCGGAGGAUUAACCAAGUGAGCCACGGCACGGGCCCCAAUUUGGGUAUUCUAAGAGGUUACUGGUUCCCACUAAGUAUUGUACAGGUUCCUGUUAGCUGGAAGUCACUGGUACUGGUAGUGAGCUACCUGCUUUGCCCUCGGCUGUGGGGGCCCACGUGUUCCAGUUUCCCACUUGAUUUGCUUUGUUUUGUUUUGUUUUGUUUUGUUAAUGAGUGUUUUCUUGGGGCAGCUAAACACAGUAUGCAGUGUGGUAAAAAGACAGGUGAUAGGUGUUUUCCCCCAAGCUGGGUAAAAGCACAGAUGUUCUAAGAAACCAAACCGGGAAAAUAAAUAAAAAGAAGCAGGCAACCGGCCUGCUCUCUCCUGGUUGCCUGCUGUGACAAUGGCCCUGCUGUCUACCCCGGGUCGUCUUCAGACUUGAGUAGCGCUGACGGCCUGAGUUCUCAUGUUGAUGGUGUGGGCCUUUGUGCUGUGUGGUUUGGCAACAAAUUUGUGAAUAGGUGUAACAGGCAGCUCCACACCCGUCAAGAGAGACAAAUCUAGAAACAGGAUUUUUUUACUUCAUAAAUUCCUUGUUCCUCGCCAAAACAUGUAUAGCACUGUAGUACAAUAGAUUUGAAUAAAAAUCCCAGUCCAGUCCUUCUGAGUGCAAAAUGUUCCAUAGUUAAGCCUUGCUAACUUUGUUCUUCCAUUCGACCCUCAGUCCGCAACAUCUCAUUUCUCACAAAAACAGAUUCCAUAAUUUGACUUUUUAGAGUUUUGUUCUUAUUUGAGGGGCAGAAAGGGACAGUGACUGGCUCACUCCCCGGAUGUCUGUGGUAGCCAGUGCUAGGUCCAGAGGUAGAGCCAUGAGCUGGGAACUCCGUCCCGGUCUCGCACAUGGGUGGCGGAACACAGGUGCUGGAGUCAUCGUUGUGUCCCCCAGGGUCUGGAAUCAGGGGCUGUAGCUGGGAAUCAAGCCCAAGCACUCAAAUACGAGAUCCGGGCAUGCUAACCGGCAUCUGGGCCACCAGAGCAAGGGGCCGGCUCUGCUUUCUGUAAGGAGACACCUCCCUGGGCAUAGCAUCUCGGUGCACCGCUAAGUCAGGUGGAGCCCGGUGGUGCCAGGAAUGGGAGGUAAGGAUUCCACUCCAGCCACCGUGCCUCAGAGUGGUCAGCACUGGCACCCACCCAGGCUGGGCUUCCACGGGCACGCAUGGCUCAUGUCCCUGGGCAUUCUCAUCAGACAGCUUCCCGGGAUGAAGGGAAGGGGGUGAGCACUGUCAGGGAGACGUUCCUUUCUAUGGGGACCAUCUCUUCAGGAGCCAGGGGCGUGGGCAGUCCGGUGAGCCUGUGCCAGGGACUGCCUUCUGCGACUGUGCAUCUGCCCUGUUUGGGGCAGAGUCUACGGGGCCCUGCUUGUACGUUCUUCUGUUGUUAGAUUAGAGAAACUUGCUUCUAAGCUGUGUGCUCUGGUGAAUUGGUAUGUGGUGUGGCGCGUGUGUGCAGUGUCUUCUAAGAAAGAAACACAGGUCCACACUGGGGACUGGCAUCAGGUGGUGCCUCACGUGGGUCUCUCUUGGUGCCUGAAAUCCCAGCACGGUGAGUCUGGAGUUUUGAGCAUUUGCCUCCGGGUCCCUUGGUCAGUGGAUGCUGCUAACGGUCCAUCUAAGAAGCAUCUACGACCCCGUGCUCGUCACGUCUCAGAGGCUGGCUUUGAGACCUGUCUCACUGCUCUGCUUCGACCGACGGCGCUAUUGAAGUUAUUCUGCCCCUGGGACCUUCUCUGCUGGGCCACAGGGACUCUGGGCUAGACGUGUUGCUUUGCGGCAUUGAAGGUUCCGCCCUUUUCCUUCUACCAGAUGCACUGCUUUCCUGCACAAGCAGUGUGGUAGCCAUGGUCCAAACACACGGAAGUCCCGGUGUGCCGUCGGGAAUACAGAGCAGGCACCGCAAGGAGAAUGCUCCCUCUGGAGGUGUUUCCACGCGGUGUUGGGACUUCUUCCUGUGCCUUGGCAGAACAAGAAAGUCAGUGGGGUGUAGGCGUUUCUGUUUCCCACGUUGCAGUACCCGAGUUCAGAUCCUGGCUCCGGCACCUGGCGCCAGCUUCCUGCUCAUGUGCGCCCUGGGAGGCAGCGGUGACAGCUUACGUGUGUGGGUUCCCGAAACCCUCAUGAGAGCACCUGGACUGAGUUCCCACUCCUGGCUCCGGCCCCAGCCAAGCCCCAUCUAUCUGGGAACUGAACAGGUGGAUGGGGGCAUUCUCUUUGGCUGGCUGGCUCUCUACACCUCCAUCUCUCUCUCUUUCUCUGUUUCACCAAUUAAAAAAAUUGGAUUUUCACUUUGCCUACAGCUCCAUAUUUGCCUCAGUUUAAAGGCUCCCAUCUCAUUUAUUUAAGUAUUGUUUAGGGCUCCCUGGAAGUGGCAGCUCCCUUGCUCCUAACUGUAUCCCACUUGAAGCGCGUUGCUUGCGUGAUUCCUUCCUAGUUUGGGUGAGGGUUCGUUCCCACGGCAGGCAUUCGUACUGCCACCUUCGAGAACACUUUGGCCUGCUAUGUUCCUUUUUGCCCUGAUAGCAGAUCACGUCACUGUGCCCUCCUCUUGGCCUGGGUGAACGGACUUGUCACCUCUUCUUGCUAGUGUUCAGCUAUGCCAGGUGCUUCCCGGCCACUGUGGUGUCCUGGGGGGUCUUUGCCUAGCAUAUCAGAAAGUCAGUAUUCUUCAUAGUUUCUGGUAUUUGUCAAUUUACAGUGCUGGUCUUGGGAUGUGGGAGUUUAAUUUUAUUUACUCUUAGCUGUGAAGUUAUUGGUCACUGGAGUUCACUGUAGCAAAUCUUCUCACUUAGGAUUUAUAGCAUGGUUUAUGGCAUAUCAUUAAAAUAAAUGGUUAUUAUCUCAUGACAAGGACUUCCCCGAAAUGCACAAUUAAGGGGAAGACACUCCUUCAUCUGUCGCAGACUGAGCUGGAGGGAAGCCUCCUGUUUGGAGUCAGUGAGUGUUUCUUUGAUGAGUGUAGAAGCUCGCUUCCCACAGGGCCGGAGACCAAGAGGUGCGAGGGCAGAGUGCCAGCAAGCUCAGUGUUUCGCGAGGCCCCUUCCUCAUCCACGGUACCUUCUGAGCCUUGCGUGGCCGGAGGGGCCAGCUGGCUCCCAGGGCCUGUUUUCUGGGGCACUCGUCACAUUCAUGGGGGCUCCCUACUCAGGACCUGAGCUCACCUCCUAAUACCAUUGCCUUGGGACUUCUGAUUCCAGUAUUUGAAUUUCAGUCUGUUCUCAGAUUUCACCUUCUUUACACACACAUGCACACACACACACACACACAGGCAUACCCCUACCCACUUCCAUCAAGGACCCUCACUGGGACUACCCAUACGGUAGGUACUGGACAAAGAGCACUACACACCAUGGACAGCUUCAAGACGGUCACAGAGUCUGGGUACCAGGAACGUGGCCCAGACCUCUCAGACCUCACAAGUAAAAUCUGCCUUCUUCUUCCCCGUCGGACCGUUCGCUCGAGGGUCUUCUAUUCCUCGUCUGUGAUUAGAGGAUCAUUUUGGGCUUUAAUCUUGGGAUUGUGUGAUUUAUCCUGAACUCACCUGCUUCAGAGAGCGGUGGACGUCCGUCUCAUUACAUAAAGAUGAAACACAACGAAAUUUAUUAUUAUUUUGCUCCACAUAAAUCAGGAAAUGGAUUCAAGAUGCAUGACCUAAGGCCUGACAUUCCCAGCGCCCUAGCCGUGUGUUUCAGGAAACGUAUUUUCUUGUUCAUUUCCUGCCACACUUUGAAUCAUUGCCUCUGCCUCAUACGCCGUUGAUGUCUCUGCCUUCAGGCUGGAUGAACCCAUUUCUUUCCAAGGGCAGGAGUUUCUGCGGAAUAAUAGAAAGCCUUGGCCUGACCUCCAUAAAACCCUUGCUUAUUAUCAUAGUGUGUAGAACUCAGAAGAAGAACUGAUGGCACCAUCCGGCAUCAUCUCGUGUGCUGUGUGAACUUGUUUCAUUUUAUUAAAAUGCAAAUAAAUAGAAACCCCAGUAUGUGUGUGAACAUUUUGCUGCCGACGUGCACAUCCUGGGUCUCUCAGCAGAUCCCAGCUGUGUGAGUCAUGCGUCGCAGUGUCAUUGCUAGGGAGCUGUAUAAUUUGAUAGCAAAGCACACAGUGGAACUGUGAAACCCUGGUCUGAGUGCACAGCCACGCAUGGAGAAGGAGGUGGAGUUGUGUCGCGUCAGCAGUCAGGAGAAGCUGGGCCUAACACUCUGCUACCGCACGGAUGAUGAAGACGACACGGGCAUUUAUGUGAGCGAGGUGGACCCCAACAGCAUCGCAGCCAGGGACGGCCGGAUCCGCGAAGGCGAUCGCAUCCUGCAGAUAAAUGGGGAGGAUGUGCAGAAUCGAGAGGAGGCCGUGGCGCUGCUGUCGAGUGACGGGUCUAAGACCAUCCUGCUGCUCGUGGCGAGGCCAGACUCCCAGCUGGAUGAAGGCUGGCUGGAAGAUGAAAGGCAUGGAUUCUUGGAGGAGUUAAACUUGGAGACGUUGGAAGAACAGCAUAAUGAAGCAACACAGCGCACCGCCAACAAGGCAGAGCAGCCGAAGAAGCAGGAGGAGGAGGAAGGCACGACGGACACUGCCACGUCCUCGUCCAACCCCCACGAGAAGGACAGCGGCGUGGGCCGCACGGACGAGAGCUUGCGCAACGACGAGAGCUCGGAGCAGGAGAACGCGGCGCUGGCGGGCAAGAGGGAGCUGGGGCAGAGCCAGGACACGCUGCGGAGCGUGGAGCUGCAGUUCCACGAGAGCCUCGUGUCCGCGGACUGCGGGGACUCGGACUGCGGCGGCCGGCACCCCGCGCACGAGGACUGCGAGCGGUUCCGGCAGCUCCUGGAGCUGCAGUGCAAGGUGCGCACGCACGGGCAAUACGACCUCUACUACUCCAGCCGCCGGCUGGCGUGCGACCCCGAGGAGGAGGGCGUGGAGCACGAGCUGCAGCUGCUCAACGAGGAGCUGAGGAACAUCGAGCUGGAGUGCCAGAGCAUCAUGCAGGCGCACCGGCUGCGGAGAGCCGCGGCCCAGCACGCAGACGCGUGGGCGCUGCACGCCCACCCCACCGGCGCGGACCUGCCGAGGGCCAAGCUGGACGACAUCCUGGAGCACCCCGAGAAGUCGGACAAGGACAGCUCCAGCGCCUACAACACGGCCGAGAGCUGCAGGAGCACGCCCCUGACCGUGGACCGCUCCCCGGACAGCUCGCUGCCAAGAGUGAUCCACCUGACCAACACCAAGAACCUGCGCAGCCAAGAGGCCACGUGCGGCAGAGCCAGAGCCGCCGAGCGAGGCGGGGAAGGCCCGGAGAAAGUGCCGGGCAGCGGCAGGCCAGCAGGCGAGGGCGAGGAGCGGCCGGCGUGCGAGCACGUCCCCUACCUGUCCCCGUCCCGCGGCUCGGCCUCCAGGGCCGCACACAUCCCUGCGCACGCCCAGCACUACCAGAGCUACAUGCAGCUGAUCCAGCAGAGGUCCGCGGUGGAGUGCGCCCAGAGCCAGCUGAGCCUGGCGAGCUCGUGCCGGGAGCCGCAGCGGGGCGGCGAGCCCAGGAUGGAGUGGAAGGUGAAGAUCCGCAGCGACGGCACGCGCUACAUCACCAAGCGGCCCGUGCGCGACCGCAUCCUGCGGGAGCGCGCGCUGAAGAUCAAGGAGGAGCGCAGCGGCAUGACCACGGACGACGACACCAUGAGCGAGAUGAAGAUGGGCCGCUACUGGAGCAAGGAGGAGCGGAAGCAGCACCUGGUGCGCGCCAAGGAGCAGCGCCGGCGGCGCGAGUUCAUGCUGCGCAGCCGCCUCGAGUGCCUGCGGGAGAGCCCGCAGAGCGGCGGCGAGGCCCGCCGGGAGGUCAGCAUCCUGGAGCUGAGCCACAAGAAGAUGAUGAAGAAGCGCAACAGGAAGAUCCUGGACAACUGGAUGACCAUCCAGGAACUCAUGACGCACGGCGCCAAGUCGCCCGACGGCACCAGGGCGCACAACGCCUUCCUGUCGGUCACCACCGUAUGACGGCGGGGGCGUGACCGCACGGGCCACGGCCCGUUCUAUUGCCUCGUUCAAGGUGGCGUUUUUAUACCGACUCUUGAGACGCUGACUUCUUUUGUAAGCAAAAAUACCUGCUAAUUUUUCAUUUCUUUUUCAUACGCUGGUACCUUCUUUUUGGCUGGGAUCUUUCUUUAACUUGUGAUAUAUUCCUAUUACUCAUUUAUAAAAAAAAAAGUACAAAAUAAAAGGAAAGAAAGCAAAAAAAAAAAAAGGAGCCAAUUAAUUUCCUACUUUACUGUAUCUAUUGUAAGUUAAAAUCUGGAUUUAUUUCUCUAGGUUAUGUAUUUUCUACUUUAAUAAGAACUCGAUGUCAGAACAUUUCUAAGCUUGCUUCUUGGCUUAACGCGUAUUAAAACAAGCCUGUUGGUAAAUCACUUGUCACAUCUUGUCUUAUGCAUAGAAUCCACCUGUUGUCCAGACUUGAUGUACUUUCACACACCGAUGGCCUUGUCUUAGUCUCAGUGAAGUGUAGGUGGACAAUCCUCCCGUGGUUUGUAGUGACAUUGGUCAUGUAGCUAGAUAACUGUGGUCAUUGUGACAAUAAAAGAGAAAUAAAUUAUUGCUUAUUCGUAAGAGACGUUAUCGAGGAGUGUUUUAUUUUCAUUGUCCGUGUGGUUCCGAGAUGUAAAUCAGUUCUACAUGGAUGCCAUUUAGAAGACUCCUAACUGUGGCUUAUAAAAUGGUCCCUUUUUCUAUUACUUUUUUCAAUAAAGUUGUCUGCAAACACUUUG